AUGUCGAACCGCAUGUCAAUGUACUCGGUGGGCUCCGAGGCGGGCAUGGGUGGCCCUCGCGGUGCUGGACAACAGUCUUCCCAGGUUUCCACCACGACACUCCUCAACGCCGUCCACAACAUCUACCUCUCCUCGCAGCCAUACCGACUCGAUGCCGGAACAAGCCUCGUCGUCAACACGUGGCUCACUGCGUCCCAAGCCGGCCCCGAUGGAAACGUUGGGGGCACAGUGGAUGCUGCCCUGGCAGUAAGAGUAUGGGAACAUGCUCGCCGCCGUGCUGAAGAUGGCUGUGUCAUACUCGGCUCGACACACUCCUCUACCCCUUCUCUCCUCCGGCCAUUCCUCUCUUCGGUCCCAAUCUCGAUCCCGUCUGGUCUCUUUACGGCACUUGAUGCCAUCGAGCCUUUUCUACGCUGUGUAACCCCAAAUAACCCAUCGAUGCCACGGCAGACUGCGUUGGGAGUUACCUUGACGCUCAAUCUUGCGGGAAACUUGACCGCGGCUUCCAUUGCCCUCUCACAGGGUGGCAUUGACACGGACAAGGGGCUGUUGAACAUAACCUCCGAGCCUGGUUACCGGGCCUUCGAUGUGUUUUACUAUCUUCUCACAUCUGCCUCAACGCCCGCGGAGCGAGAGUUUCUCGGGCUCAAGGCAGCUUCUCACUACAGCCUACUUGCCCGGUCCGGCACCUACGGCCCUCCCUCGUACCUCCCAACUGCCGACGACGCUGCUGCCGCCGACGAUUUCCGGACAGCCCUGAAAGACAUCGGCAUCAAAGGCUCAACCCAUCGGAGUUUUAUCUCAAUCCUCGCGGGUCUCCUGAAGCUAGGCAACACGAUUGAUUACCAUGUUGACGAGGACGCUUUGGAAGACAUAUGCGAGGAUGUGGGUGGCCUGCUCGGGUUGGAUCCUGAGAUUCUUGCCAGACAAUGCACCACCGAGGACCGGAGGACAUUGAUUGGGGGCCUUUACGAAGCCUUGGUCGACUGGGUUAUCAAGAAGGCCAACGAUUCCAUUGCCGCCCAGAUGGGACGCAUUAGGGACGGAGACGAAUCUAGCGACGGUCGCGGCGACCGGACACCCACUUCAAACGAAGACACCGGUGAUACCGUUUGUCUGACCGUGCUCGAGAUACCCGACCCCAACCUUGGCAAAGCCGUUGCCAUGAGGGGCAUCUUUGACGACAGUCAAGGAAUCAACUCCGAGAUGAAGCAGGACGGAGUUGAUGUGUCCACGGCCGGGAGCUCCGUUCUGCGGGAAAUGCAGAACGCCGUGGCCGAGUGUGGUCCUGAGCUGGGGAUUAUGGUCGGAACCCUAGGCAGAGAGAGGCAACACACGCUGGAAAAACGCGAAGAGGUUCUCGAAAAGAUUGUGCUGGCCGCGGAAGAUGAUGGCUUUUUGAAGAAGCUCCUCCUCCCCGUCCCGGCUGAAGGCAUCAAUCUGGGUCGCAAUGGCCGCAUCGACCUCACUACCGUUCUUGGCAGCAGUCGCGCGUGGUAUCAUCUCUGUGUGCACCCGACUGAUGAGUCGCCGGCUAGCCUGGCAGCCCUGCCGUCAGUCACUUCUGCUUGGUCUGCGGGAACUGUGUCGCGCCAGCUUCGUACAUGGCGGCUACCUGAGUGGUCCAAUCGGCGGAACAAGCACCUCGACUUCACUGCCGAUUUCGACCACGAAGAGUUUGUCCAGCGUUACCGCAUGCUAGGGUGCAUGGAAGGCCGAGACGGCAUCGAGAGCUGGAUCCUGGAGCGCGGUUGGAGUAAUGGCGAGGUCGUUGUUGGCACGGAGCGAGUGUGGAUGAGAGAGACUGCAUGGUGGGAGGCAGAGAGCAUGCUCGAUCUUAAGCCCAUGGAGGCUGAGAGGCUCGGAAGCAUGCCUCACAUGAUGCCACCAAGCGGCAUGGGCUCCGGGUAUUCGCACAGCGGCAGUGGCUUCUUCCCUCCGCAGCAGUACGGUGACAGCACUUCGAACGGGAGCCGCGACCAGCUCGUUCACCACCAGCGGAACAUGAGCCAAGCCACCCUCAACGCCGCCCACCCAAUGGCCGCCCCGUCCAUUGCCCCCACCGCCAUGACUGGGAUGCGCAAUGUGAGCAAUGGCGACUACGGCCUCGGGGCCAGAGGCGACACGGUCAAGGACCAGGUCUACUACAACAGCGACGGCGAGUUCAUCAACAACCUCGAUCCUGAGCUGGCCCACGGCAAGACGAUUGAGGAAACUGGCACCACCACCUCUAGGAAGAUCUGGGUUGCCUUCGUCUGGGCUAUGACCUGGUGGAUUCCUUCGUUCCUGCUCCGCUUCAUAGGGCGUAUGAAACGCCCCGACGUCAGGAUGGCGUGGCGGGAGAAGCUAGUUCUCUGCCUCAUCAUCUUGUUCUUCAACGGCUUCAUUAUCUUCUGGAUUAUCUUCUUCGGCCGUAUUCUCUGCCCGAAUUUCGACAAGGCAUGGUCGCAGUCCGAGAUUACGGGCCAUCAGGGAGCCGACGACUUUUGGGUCAGCAUACAUGGCAAGGUUUACGACAUAUCAAGUUUCUGGAGGCUGCAGCACAGCGACACGGCCAUUGAAACGAACUCGGAAAACAUGCAACCAUUCGGUGGCCUGAACCUCGAUGGCUAUUUCAUCCCGCCACUGACUAUAUCGUGCCCCCUAGUGGUUACCGAUGACAUGAUCAGGCUCGAGUUGAACAACACGCCGACCCUCGUUGAGGGCAUUCAUACGUCGGGAUUCUACCAGACGGACCCGACGACCAAGCUGCACUCGGCCGGGUGGUAUGUCGACUACUUCCUGCCCCGCAUCAAGGAGUACUACCACGGCGACCUCGUUUGGGAUACCGGCGUGGUCAAAAACGAGGGAGCCAAUGGCAACCACCCGUGGUUCAUUUAUGAAGGAGGCAUCUACGAUCUGUCCGACUACAUGAACACGCAGAAAAUAUACAACAAUGCCGCUCGGUACGCCUUCCUCGACCAGUCUCUUGUCACCCUUGUCAAGAACAGCCCGGGCCAAGAUCUUACCGACAAUAUCAACGGCUUGUUGAGGAACGCGCGGUCGAACCAGACGCAGAGCGCGAUACUCCAGAACAACAUGAAUUGCAUCAAGAACACCUUCUAUAUAGGCAUUCCAGACUUCCGCUGGUCGGCGAGGUGCCAGGUGAACAAUUACAUUCUUCUAGCCUUCACCGUCAUCGUAGGAGCCGUCAUUAUCACCAAGUUCGUGUCGGCUCUGCAAUUCGGGUCGAAGCGGCGCCCGUCGCCCCAGGACAAGUUUGUCAUUUGCCAGGUCCCAGCCUACACCGAAGGCGAAGAUUCGCUGAGGAAGGCGCUGGACUCGCUCACGGCCCUGCAGUACGAUAACAAGCGGAAGCUGAUCUUUGUCAUUUGCGAUGGUGUCAUUGUCGGUGGCGGUAACGACCGCCCUACUCCCAAGAUUGUUCUCGAUAUCCUCGGCGUCGACCCCAAGGUCGACCCCCCUGCUCUGCCCUUCAAGUCGGUCGGCGCCGGCAGUGAACAACUCAACUACGGCAAAGUCUAUUCCGGCCUGUAUGAGUACGAGGGCAACGUCGUGCCGUACCUCGUUGUCGUAAAGGUGGGCAAGGAGUCAGAGCAGUCCAUGGCCAAGCCUGGCAACCGUGGCAAGCGUGACUCGCAGAUCCUGCUCAUGAGCUUCCUCAACCGCGUUCACCAUCGCUCUCCCAUGAACCCUCUCGAGCUGGAAAUGUUCCAUCAGAUCAACAACAUCAUCGGCGUGGAUCCCGAACUGUAUGAAUACAUGCUGAUGGUCGAUGCCGACACCUGUGUGCGUGAGGAUUCUCUGAACCAUCUUGUUGCUGCUUGUGCCAACGACGCCAAGAUUGCCGGCAUCUGUGGCGAGACGAGUCUGCAGAACGAGGAACGCUCGUGGUGGACAAUGAUUCAGGUCUACGAAUACUUCAUCUCGCACCACCUCGCUAAGGCCUUCGAGUCCCUGUUUGGCAGUGUCACCUGCUUGCCAGGAUGUUUCACCAUGUACCGACUGCGAACCGCCGACCGCGGAAAGCCCCUGAUCAUAUCUGAUCAGGUCAUCCGCGAGUAUAGCGACUGCCGCGUGGACACCCUUCACAAGAAGAAUCUGUUGUCUCUCGGCGAGGACCGCUACCUGACUACCCUGAUGACCAAGCACUUCCCGUACAUGUCGUACAAGUUUGUCCCAGAGGCCUACUGCCAGACGGCAGCGCCAGAGACCUGGAGCGUCCUUCUGUCCCAGCGUCGUCGGUGGAUCAACUCUACAAUCCACAACCUGGUUGAACUGAUGUUUCUCCCCGAGAUGUGCGGCUUCUGCUGCUUCUCGAUGCGGUUUGUCGUUUUCAUCGACCUCUUCGGUACUCUCAUUCUUCCGGCCACCUCUGCAUACAUCAUCUACCUCAUCUACCUUGUCGCGAGUCACUCUGGACAGUUCCCCUUGAUCUCCAUUGUGGUUAUAGCGGCCGUCUACGGUCUCCAGGCGCUCGUGUUCAUCUUGAAGCGCCAGUGGCAGCACAUUGGCUGGAUGAUCAUCUACAUCCUCGCCUUCCCGAUAUACUCGGUUGUCCUGCCCGUCUAUUCGUUCUGGAAUCAGGACAACUUUAGCUGGGGUACUACGCGUAUUGUCAUUGGGGAGUCGGGCGAUAAGAAAAUAGUCGCCGUCGAUGACGAGGGCUACGAUCCGCGCUCCAUUCCGCUUCAGCGCUGGGACGACUAUGCGAUGGCCAACAACCUGCCCGGCCGUCGCGGCGGCCCCUCGGAGAAGAAUGGCGUGGACGCCACCGUCAUGGGGAUCUACGAUGAGGGUAACUAUGAGAUGGACGACAUGAAGUCGGUCUACUCGUCGGUCCGCCAGCCGUCGGUGUUGACGGGUCUUCCUGGCCGCGGUAGCAACGCGUACAUGCCGCCCCAGAGCCCCGGAACUCCAUUCGGCGCGACGCGUGCCAGCACCUUUGUCGGCGCGCCACCGUACUCGGACAACCCUCUUGCCCACCGCCAGAGCAUGGCGUCGAUGGGCCAGAGCCCUUACCAGGACUUCUCGGCUGGCGGGCCCAACGCCAGCCACCGCCCCAGCGUGGCCAACCUGCGCAGCAUGACCAACACCCCGCCAGGCUUGGGCACGCCCACCAGCCUAAACCCCCGCUUCUCCACGGCCACGGGUCUCAGCGGCUACGGUGCCAACAACAACGGCCGCGCCAGCGCCCUGUCGUUUGACUUCCAGCGCGGCAACGUCGGCCCCGACGACGCCAUGAUCAUUGAGGCCAUCCAGAUGGUCCUGCGCGAAGUCGACCUCGACACCGUCACCAAGAAGCAGGUCCGUGCCCUCGUCGAGCAGCGCCUCCAGACGGAGCUCGUCGGCGAGCGCCGCACGUUUAUGGAUCGGCAAAUCGAUAACGAAUUGGCAAACAUGUAA